CCGAGCUGGCCGCCUCGCCUCCGUGCAGUGUGCGUAGCCCCGCCGUAUGCCUAUAUAAACCCCCAUUUCAGCCUGCAUGCUCCUCCAAGCUGUCUAGAUUAUUCUUUCAGGCAACCUCGAGCAGCUUGUGGUGAGUGGUGGCAACGGCCAUGGCAAGAAGCAGCAUGGCGCUGAUGGCGCUCCUCGUCGCCCUCGCCGCCUCCGCGCUGUCCCUGCUCCCGGCGUCCCUCGCCGUCACCUCGCCGUACGUGCGGCCGGCGCCGAGGGCCACGCUGUCCGUGCUCCGGGACGACGACGCCGACGGCCAGACGCCGCAGCAGGUGCAUAUAUCGAUGGUCGGGCCCGACAAGAUGAGGGUGACAUGGAUCACCCAAGACGACGCGCCGGCGAUCGUCGAGUAUGGCACGACGUCAGGCAGUUACCCGCUCUCCGCCACCGGAAGCACGACGACCUACUCCUACGUCCUCUACCACUCCGGGAAGAUCCACGACGCCGUCAUCGGCCCGCUGCAGCCCAGCACGACGUACUACUACCGGUGCAGCUCUAACCCAUCGCGCGAGUUCUCCUUCCGGACGCCGCCGGCCACCCUCCCCUUCAAGUUCGUCGUCGUCGGCGACUUUGGCCAAACCGGAUGGACGGCGUCCACGCUGAAGCACAUUGCGGCCGCCGACUACGACAUGCUCCUCCUCCCCGGCGACCUCUCGUACGCCGACUACAUCCAGUCGCGGUGGGACUCGUACGGCCGCCUCGUCGAGCCGCUGGCGAGCGCGCGGCCGUGGAUGAUGACCGAGGGCAACCACGAGAUCGAGAAGCUUCCCUUCGUGAACCCUUUCAAGGCCUACAACGCGCGGUGGCGCAUGCCGUACGACGCCGGCGCCUCGCCGUCGGGCGACAACCUCUACUACUCCUUCGACGUCGCCGGCGGCGCCGUGCACGUCAUCAUGCUGGGCUCCUACACCGACUACGCCGCCGGCAGCGCGCAGCACCAGUGGCUCCGGCGCGACCUGGCGGCGAUCGACCGCGGCAGGACGGCGUUCGUGGUAGCGCUGGUGCACGCGCCGUGGUACAAUAGCAACAGGGCGCACCAGGGAGAAGGGGACGCCAUGCGCGGCGCCAUGGAGGAGCUCCUGUACGGCGCGCGCGUGGACGCGGUGUUCGCGGGGCACGUGCACGCGUACGAGAGGUUCGCGCGGGUGUACGGCGGCAAGGAGGCCCCCUGCGGGCCGGUGUACGUCACCGUCGGCGACGGCGGCAACCGGGAGGGGCUGGCGAAGAAGUACGUGGACCCGCAGCCGGCGAUCUCGGCGUUCCGGGAGGCGAGCUUCGGGCACGGGCGGCUGGAGGUGGUGAACGCCACGCACGCGCUGUGGACGUGGCACCGGAACGACGACGACCAGCCGGUGGUCGCGGACCAGGUGUGGAUCACCAGCCUUGCGGCCAACCCGGCUUGCAACAGAAGCAAGAACAAGAUGUGAACAAAGCAAAGGGAAGACUACAGUGUCUUUACUGGCUUGAGUAGCAGUUUAUUUUAAAUUUAAAAGAAGUAUACAUACGUUAUUCUUCAGAGCAAUAUUCAUAUAUUGGUUGUGGCAUGUAAAUAUCCCAUACUUUGACUGAUUGUUGGGCCUUGUGCUAGGAUGCCAACGUGCUAUUGGGCUUCCACAAUUUAUAAAUGGGCCUUGAGCCCAGCUUGAACUGUU